UUGUGUUUUGGGGAAUAAUCGUUCUUAUCAGAGUUAUAUUCAAAAGGUCUUUUUUUUUAUUGUAAGGUGACUUAUAAUAAGCUAAUCCAAACACGGAAUAAGAUAUGAUAAGAAUGAGAACGAUUCUCUUUCGUGCUUUGGAGGUGGAAAUGAUUAUGUGAAUGGAAAUGGCAAUGAUCGAAUGGAACUAUGAACUGGCUGAUCAAGAAAGAAGUCUUUCAUGAACUGGUUUCUUUCAGUUUUUUGUUGCAAUGCAAAUUGCAAAACUAAGCUUAAAAAGUUCAAGGAAUCUUUGUAUUUGGAUACAGUGGUUCUCCAUGAUCAAUUCAUUGCGUAUUGUUUGCAAUUGUGGAAGAGUGUCGGGGGAAAUGAUUGGAGAUGGUUUUAGAAGCAAAAUGAUCAAUCUUCGGUGAUCAAGGUGUGGAACUUAGGCAGCAGUGCUGGAGGAUCAAGCAAUGGAACUUACAGCACGCAUAUUAGUUCAUUUUGUAAUUUAUAGUUCUUCUGGAUGCCAUUAUGGUACAAAUAUGAACAAGACUUUUGUUGUCUUUUCUGGCAAGCAGGAUAAUAUGAAAACAGUUACUUAACCUUACUGAACUCUUAAAUAAACUGUUUUAUUUAACAGAAAUGAUGAAUUUGUACGUCCAUGUGCAGGGGACUCCAGUGAAUAUUAUUGUGGGUUCUCAUGUCUGGAUUGAAGAUCCAGAUAUCUGUUGGAUUGAUGGACAGGUAUCAAAAAUCACCGGAAAGGAUGCUGAAAUUGAAACUACCAAUGGAAAAAAGGUGGUUGCAAAUUUAUCAAAAAUAUAUCCCAAAGAUAUGGAAGCUCCUCCUGGUGGAGUGGAUGAUAUGACUAAGUUGUCCUAUUUACAUGAACCUGGAGUCCUGCAGAACUUGAAAGCUAGAUAUGAAUUGAAUGAAAUAUAUACAUAUACUGGAAAUAUUCUGAUUGCAAUAAAUCCAUUCCAAAAACUACCACAUAUCUAUGGUGCACACAUGAUGCAACAAUACAAGGGAGCACCAUUUGGAGAAUUAAGCCCUCAUGUAUUUGCAGUUGCUGAUGUUGCAUAUAGGGCAAUGAUAAAUGAAGGGAAAAGCAAUUCAAUUCUGGUCAGUGGGGAAAGUGGAGCUGGCAAAACUGAAACCACAAAAAUGCUUAUGCAAUUCCUUGCUUAUCUAGGUGGUAGGGCUGGCACUGAAGGCCGAACAGUUGAACAACAAGUUCUUGAGUCAAAUCCAGUUCUAGAAGCAUUUGGCAAUGCAAAAACUGUCAGGAAUAACAAUUCUAGUCGGUUUGGUAAAUUUGUGGAGAUCCAAUUUGAUAAAAGUGGAAGAAUCUCAGGAGCAGCCAUCAGAACAUACCUUCUAGAGAGAUCUCGGGUUUGCCAAGUUAAUGAUCCUGAACGCAACUAUCACUGCUUUUAUCUUCUUUGUGCUGCACCACAGGAGGAAAUUGAGAGAUACAAAUUAGGAAGUCCUAAAACUUUUCACUACCUUAACCAGUCAAAAUGCUAUGAACUGGCUGACGUAAGUGAUGCUCGUGAGUUUCUUGCCACCCGUAGAGCUAUGGAUAUUGUUGGAAUCAGCCAAAAGGAUCAGGAAGCCAUUUUUAGAGUUGUUGCUUCAAUUCUCCAUCUUGGUAAUAUUGACUUUACCAAAGGAAAAGAAGUUGACUCAUCAGUUCCGAAAGAUGACAAAGCCAAAUUCCACCUUCAAACUACUGCUGAGCUUCUAAUGUGUGAUGCCAAUGCUUUGCAAGAUGCAUUAUGUAAGCGUGUCAUGAUCACCCCUGAAGAAGUUAUAAAACGGAGCCUUGAUCCCCAAAGUGCAACAGUGAGUAGAGAUGGACUGGCAAAAACAAUUUAUUCUCGGCUGUUCGACUGGUUGGUGGACAAGAUUAAUAGUUCAAUUGGACAAGACCCCAAUUCUAAAACUUUGAUUGGAGUCCUUGACAUAUAUGGUUUUGAAAGUUUUAAAACUAACAGUUUUGAACAGUUUUGCAUUAAUUUCACAAAUGAGAAGUUGCAACAGCAUUUCAAUCAGCACGUUUUUAAAAUGGAACAAGAAGAAUAUACAAAGGAGCAAAUUAAUUGGAGCUACAUUGAAUUUGUUGAUAACCAAGAUGUUUUAGACCUUAUUGAAAAGAAACCUGGAGGAAUCAUUGCUCUCCUAGAUGAAGCUUGCAUGUUUCCAAAGUCUACGCAUGAAACUUUUGCAAACAAGCUUUAUCAAACAUUUAAGAACCACAGGCGCUUUAUUAAGCCAAAAUUGUCUCGAACAGAUUUCACGAUUGCUCACUAUGCUGGGGAGGUUUUAUACCAGUCUGAUCAAUUUCUAGACAAAAACAAGGAUUAUGUGGUUCCUGAACAUCAAGAUUUGUUGAGUGCUUCCAAAUGUCCUUUUGUAGCUGGCCUUUUUCCACCACUUCCAGAAGAGACAUCAAAAUCUUCCAAAUUUUCUUCAAUUGGUUCUCGUUUUAAGCUACAACUACAAAGUCUAAUGGACACAUUAAAUUCUACAGAACCCCAUUACAUCAGAUGUGUGAAACCAAAUAACCUCUUGAAGCCUGCUAUUUUUGAGAAUGCCAACAUUAUGCAACAACUUCGCUGUGGUGGUGUUUUAGAGGCAAUCAGAAUCAGUUGUGCUGGCUAUCCUACUCGCCGCGCUUUUUUUGAAUUUGUGAACAGAUUUGGCCUUCUUGCUCCAGAGGCCACAGAAGCAAACUAUGAUGAAAAGACUGCUUGCCAAAAGAUUCUGGAAAAGAUGGGGCUUAGUGGAUAUCAGAUUGGAAAGACAAAGGUAUUUCUAAGAGCAGGUCAGAUGGCUGAACUAGAUGCACGUAGAGCUCAAGUACUCAGUAAUGCAGCAAAAAGUAUCCAGCGGCGCAUAAGAACUCAUCAAGCACGUAAUCAUUAUCUUGCGCUUCGAAAGAAGACCAUAUAUCUGCAGUCUCAGUGGAGAGGAAGACUUGCAUGCAAACUAUAUGAAAACAUGAGAAAGGAGGCUGCUGCUGUGAAAAUCCAAAAGAACACACGCAGAUAUCAAGCUCGGAGAGCCUACAAGAAACUUCAUAUGUCAGCAUUGACAGUUCAAACAGCUUUAAGGGCAACAGCUGCUCGCAAGGAGUUCAGAUUUAGGAAGCAGACCAAAGCCUCCAUUAUUAUUCAGGCUCGGUGGCGGUGCCACAAAGCUGCAUUAUAUUAUAAGAGGCUCAAGAAAGGGACCAUAGUUACACAAUGCAGAUGGAGGGGACGUGUAGCCAGAAGAGAACUUAGGAAACUAAAAAUGGCUGCAAGAGAAACUGGUGCACUUCAAGAAGCGAAGGAUAAGCUUGAGAAACGUGUGGAGGAACUCACUUGGCGUCUCCAGCUAGAAAAAGGAUUAAGGACGAAUCUAGAAGAAUCCAAAUCUCAAGAGAUAGCAAAACUGCAGAAUCAAUUGCAGGAGAUGCAGAGCAAAUUUGAGGAGACCAAUGCUCUGCUUUCCAAGGAGCGUGAGAAUGCAAAGAAAAUUAGUAUAGAAGCAGUUCCUGUUAUUCAAGAGAAACAGGUUAUCGUUGAAGAUACACAGAAGAUUGACGCACUGACGGCAGAAAUUGAGAGCCUAAAGACGUCACUCGAGUCAGAGAAACAGAAAUCUAAUGACUUUGAACAAAAAUAUAAUGAAGCCCAAGCUAGCAGUGAAGAAAGAGGUAAAAAGUUAGAAGACACAGAGAAGAAGGUUCGUCAACUCCAAGAAUCAUUGAAGGGGCUAGAAGAGAAGAUUAAUAAUGUAGAAUCAGAGAAUCAGGUUCUGCGUCAACAAGCUGUAUCGACUAAGUUCCUUCAUAGACGCCAGAGCUCACUUGCCCAGAGAGAGAGGGCUGCUGAAAGUGCUCAUAAUAGUAUUGCAGUGGAGGGGAAGCCACAAGUGACUAAUCAGGAACUUCAAACUAGCCCAUCAAUGAACCUGAGGGAAUCCUCUGAAGUGGAUGAUAAACCACAGAAGUCACUAAAUGAGAAACAACAAGAGAAUCAAGAAUUACUCAUUAGAUGCAUUGCACAACAUCUAGGAUUUGCUGGAAACAGACCAAUUGCUGCCUGUAUCAUAUAUAAGUGCCUCUUGCAUUGGAGAUCAUUUGAAGUUGAGCGCACUAGCGUUUUCGAUAGAAUCAUCCAGACUAUUGGCCAUGCAAUUGAGACCCAGGAUAAUAAUGAUGUCUUAGCUUACUGGUUAUCCAAUGCCUCGACACUUCUCUUGUUACUCCAACGCACACUCAAGGCAAGUGGUGCUGCUGGAAUGGCUCCACAACGCCGUCGUUCUCAAUCAGCAACCCUAUUUGGGAGGAUGACUCAGAGUUUCCGUGGAAGUCCAGCAGGAGUCAAUCUGUCCUUAAUUAAUGGUAGUUCAAGUAGAGGAGUAGAUACAUUAAGACAAGUUGAAGCCAAGUACCCAGCUUUGCUUUUCAAACAGCAGCUUACAGCAUAUGUGGAAAAGAUAUAUGGAAUGAUUCGUGAUAACUUGAAGAAAGAAAUUUCUCCCUUGCUUGGAUUGUGCAUUCAGGCACCAAGAACAUCCAGAGCAAGCUUGGUUAAGGGAUCGUCACGUUCUGUUGCAAACACUGAAGCCCAGCGAGCUUUGAUUGCUCAUUGGCAGGGGAUCGUUAAGAGCCUAGGGAACUUUUUAAAUACAUUGAAAGCAAAUCAUGUUCCACCAUUUUUGGUUCGUAAGGUGUUCACGCAAAUUUUUUCUUUCAUCAAUGUACAACUAUUCAAUAGUCUUCUUCUUAGACGAGAGUGUUGCUCAUUUAGUAAUGGAGAAUAUGUAAAAGCUGGUUUGGCUGAACUAGAGCAUUGGUGUUAUAAGGCAACGGAUGAGUAUGCAGGUUCCGCUUGGGAUGAGCUCAAACAUAUUAGACAAGCCAUUGGAUUUCUGGUUAUACAUCAAAAACCGAAGAAGACACUGGAUGAAAUAAGUCAUGACCUGUGCCCAGUCCUCAGUAUACAGCAGUUAUAUCGGAUUAGCACCAUGUAUUGGGAUGACAAAUAUGGCACGCAUAGUGUGUCACCUGAAGUCAUAUCCAAUAUGAGAGUGUUGAUGACUGAAGAUUCAAAUAAUGCAGUUAGUAAUUCUUUCCUGUUGGAUGAUGAUUCAAGCAUUCCAUUUUCUGUUGAUGACAUUUCAAAGUCAAUGGAACAAAUAGAUAUCUCUGAUAUAGAUCCACCGCCACUUAUACGGGAAAACUCCGGGUUUAGCUUUUUAUUACCACGCCCAGCUUGACAGUUUUGACUGUAGAAUUGGUCGACUGGUGUUUAUACCCACCCACCAACAAGAUAUCAAGUCACAUUCGGGUAUAUAAAUUAUAUAUAGUAAUUUGUUGACUUUGGUUGUCUAAGAGACUAGUCAUUGUAUUUAACACACGAAAUUUACUUCUUAGUAGUUUCAACAGUGGAUGACAUAAAAAGCAUAUGCUACUACCUUUUUGGGGUGGAAGCUUGAAAAAAAAUGGCCAACAGCCUUUUUUCCAUAGAAUUUUCAUUCUUUUUUUCUUUUCUCAUUUCACCUUGUCACUUCUCAGCACCUUCCUUUGCUUAGAAUAAGAUUUUGUACGUAGAAGUUAUAGGAAUUUCAUCUAAUUAUAGUUGUGAAUGGAGAACAUUGCUCAGGAUA